AUGGGAAAGGCAAGCAGGUGGAUGAUAAACUUCUUGCUAGGAAAAAAGGAGGAGAAAACAAAGAAGAACAAUGUCUCCUUCCAUGCAGAGAAGGAGACAACACCAACUGCAACUCCAGCUUAUAAGAGGAGAUGGAGCUUUGGCAAAUCUGCAAAGAAAGAGAGAGUUUACAGGGGUCGUAGAUCUCUUGACUCGAUCAUCACUACCCAAUAUUUAGCACACAGAUCAUCAUUUGCUUUGCCAACCACCGAAGCUAUUAAAAAAGUUGUCGUACAAACACAUGCGGCAGAUAGAAUAAGAAAGGCAGUGGAAGAUGCAGCUGCCACCAGGAUUCAAGCUGUCUUUCGUUCUUAUCUGGCCAGGAAAGCUUUGUGUGCGUUGAGGGGAUUGGUCAAGUUACAAGCAUUAGUAAGGGGUCACCAGGUGAGGAAACAAACAACUGCAACUCUUCGACGAAUGCAUACACUCAUGACAAUACAAGCAAGAGCUUGUUGUCAUAGAGUUCAGAUGGCCGGAGAAUCACAACAACUUGCCAUGAAAAGGAAAUCAUCAAGACACAGAGAGGCAGUUGAUGUUAAUCUUCAUGAAAUCCGAGGAGUUUCGAAGAACAGAAGUGGAUACAUGAAUCAUUCAUUAAUAGACAGAGUAGAGAGAGAGAUUCCCAGAUUCUACUCUGGGGAACUAAAAAUCUCUAGGCAAGAACAUCAAUACAAGGAGUUUUCCUUCACAGCACAAAACAGUCCCACAACUGGUUCUCCCCCUUCCAAAACAAACUGGGGAAGAGCUUCCUUCACUUACGGACGGCCAGACUAUGUCGACACUCUUUCUAAUCAAUUUUCAUCCCUACCAAGCUACAUGGCCGACACAGAAUCUUCCAAGGCUAAAGUCAGGUCACAAAGCGAACCAAAACAGCGACCUAAAGAAAGCACCAGAGUUAAAAACAAGCAAACUACUUGGAUGGAUGGACUGAAUGGCCACCAAGAUGCUCAGUCACAAUGCUCAUCUUCGCACUCAAAGCACAUGGUUCAUGAAAACCAAGAUCCAUGGUUUAUAAAACUCUAUAGACCAACAAAGUCAAAGGGCAGUUAUGAUGAUGCCAACAUCACAACUAGCACUCAAUAUUCCAACUACAGCAAAGUUCUUGUCACAUAUGAGCCCCAUCUGAAUAUCUACUAA